AUGGACAAGUAUAUUGUUAUAAGUGGUGCUCCAACCUUGCGUGAGAUACGUUCUGGUACUAUAUCAACUGAUCCUCAGUGGAAGGUUGUUCGCUCUCGUCCUAGUGAGAAUAAUGCCGGCGUUGAUUCUAGUCAAAGUCCGCUUGCUACUGAAUAUGACCAUAAUGGAGGGACGUCUAAUAUUAUUUGGCCACUUUCUCAAUCCCAAUCGCAAUCUCAGAGUCAAAGUCAAUCUCAGCUCCCAACACAACUGGAAACAUUUAUUCAAACAUCCACCGAAAUGGGAAAACAGACCAUUCGCACGGAUUCAAUUACUUCGACGUCUACUGCCUCUACACUACUUGAGACUGAAACGUUUCCAACGCGUACGUUCCAGAUGACCAACACCCUGUCUAAUUCCCAGACUCAAUCGGCUUCCUCUGGAUCUUCUUCAAUUACUCAUUUCCCAACAUUCCACUUCUCUCUGAGGACCCUUACUCCACUUCGUGUUGCUCUCGCUCCGGCUGGGCGCGGUUCGGUCAAAGUGAAUUUGCUUGUGGCGGUGAUGGAUGUCGACGGCCCAGAUAUGAUCAUAACCAAAACUGGACAAGAAACCCACCUACUGAAAUUGGUUAUUAGUGACGAUGAGGGUGCGGCAGGGAAAAUAACGGUAUGGGGUGAGACGGCACUCGAGUGGGCGGGCGCAAGGAAGAUGGCGGGAUUAAGAAGGGGUGAUAUAGUGUAUCUUUCUGAUAUUCAAGUCACAAGCGUUCCGCCGGACCCGCCCACAUUGACUGCUUCGACAAGACAAAACUCAGCUUCAGCCGGAUCUAAGGUUGAGCCUAACGGAUACGUGCGUAAGAAGAGUAGCCACAUUCGUGGAAUGGGUUAG